UUACACGUCUUCACGGUGACCUUCCAUGACCUCUACCUGUCAUUUGAGAUCAAGUCGAAUAAGUAGGCUGUGCAAAUUCGAAUUUUGAUCAAUUUUGCCACAUCUGAACCAUCAACAAGUGUUUAAGUGACCGACUUAAUGGCAAGUCCCCCGAAAAAGAUGGCUUCUUCAAGUGUUCCACCCCUUCAGAGGGAGGCGGCCGACGCGAGCACCCAUCUCGACCACAUGUGCGCCCUCGACAUCCAAUCCAAGGCCCCCUUUGUGCGCCUUUCCGGCAUUAUUUGCACCAUUGGUCCGGCUUCGCGUGAUCCAGCAGUUUUGGAAAAAAUGAUGGAAACUGGGAUGAAUAUUGCACGGUUGAAUUUCUCGCAUGGCUCGCAUGAGUAUCACGCCGAGACUAUUAAGAAUAUUAGGACUGCGGUGGCGAAUUAUAGUAAAAAAAUUGGAAUGUCGUAUCCUUUGGCCAUUGCUUUAGAUACGAAAGGGCCGGAAAUCAGGACCGGGCUGCUCGAAGGGGGAGGUUCGGCGGAAGUCGAGUUAAAAAGAGGCGAAAAAAUCACCCUGACAACAAACAAAGCCUAUGCUGAAAAAGGCAAUGCGAAAAUCGUUUACGUCGAUUAUGACAACAUCCAAAAAGUCCUAAAAGUUGGUAAUCGUGUCUACGUCGACGACGGCCUUAUGUCACUCGUUUGCAACGAAAUCAAAGGCACUGACUUGAUUUGCACCAUCGAAAACGGCGGUAUGUUGGGAAGUCGCAAAGGUGUCAACCUUCCAGGAGUCCCAGUCGAUCUUCCUGCCGUUUCCGAAAAAGACAAAUCCGAUUUGAGAUUCGGUGUCGAACAAGGUGUCGAUAUGAUUUUCGCAUCGUUUAUCCGAAACGGAAAUGCCCUUAAUGAAAUCCGUAAUAUUCUCGGUCCUGAAGGUAAAAACAUCCUUAUUAUAUCGAAAAUCGAAAACCAACAAGGUAUGCAAAAUCUGGAUGAGAUUAUCAAGGCCAGUGAUGGUAUUAUGGUCGCUAGAGGUGAUUUAGGUAUUGAAAUACCAACCGAAAAAGUUUUCCUCGCUCAGAAAGCCAUGAUUGCUAAGUGUAAUAAAGUUGGUAAGCCUGUGAUUUGUGCCACACAGAUGUUGGAAAGUAUGGUAAAAAAGCCACGACCGACAAGAGCUGAGAGUUCGGAUGUGGCAAAUGCCAUUUUGGAUGGGGCUGAUUGUGUGAUGUUGUCGGGUGAGACGGCCAAAGGGGAUUAUCCAUUGGAGUGUGUCCUAACUAUGGCGAAUAUUUGUAAAGAGGCCGAAGCGGCAAUUUGGCAUAAACAAUUGUUUCAAGAUCUUACAAGCAAGGCGGUACCUCCUGUAGAUGCAGCACAUACUGUUGCUAUAGCUGCUGCUGAGGCUGCAUCCAAGUGUUUAGCUGCUGCUAUUAUUGUUGUUACGACGUCAGGACGGUCAGCACAUCUCAUUUCGAAAUAUAGACCGAAAUGUCCGAUUAUUGCUGUCACUAGAAAUGGACAAACGGCAAGACAGGCACAUUUGUAUAGGGCGAUUUUGCCACUCCAUUAUGAAGCCGAGCGAUUGGACGACUGGCUCAAGGACGUCGAGGCCCGUGUCAACACGUCGAUCGAAUUCGGCAAAGCCAAGGGUUUCAUAAAACAAGGUGAUCCAGUCAUCAUCGUCACAGGCUGGAAACAAGGAUCUGGAUUCACCAACACAAUGAGGAUUGUGAACGUCUAAUUGUUGAAUUAUCAUUUUUAUUUAUUUUGUUUGUCGUCUACGACACGUGUCAUGUAGUAAGAAGUGUUGAUAUUAUUUCACUAGCUUAUCAUGUAAUUAAUUUCUAUGUAGAUAAAGUAUUGAGACAUAUUUUGUGACGAAUAAAAAUAGAAAAAAAUUAAA